AUGGAUACUAUGGAAUCCACCCUCCAUCUCGUCCUCCGUCUCCGAGGCGGUAUCAUCGAGCCCUCCCUCAAGGCCCUGGCCUCCAAGUACAAUUGCGAAAAGAUGAUCUGCCGCAAGUGCUACGCCCGUCUGCCACCCCGUGCCACCAACUGCCGAAAGAAGAAGUGCGGCCACACCAACCAGCUGCGGCCGAAGAAGAAGAUCAAGUGA